AAGAACAGAUAGCAUCAAUAUCGAAUGACUGAAUAUUACAAGGUACCCAUGUGAGAGUCAAAGAUGAAAGCCUUCAUUUUAUUUUACUUUCCUCUGUUUUUCCCAGUAUCAGUUAAUAGUGAAAACCCAUGCUCUGAACAGGUAUAUAAAGAGAUCCCUGAUUUGCCUAGAAGAAGUCCUUCGUAUUCCAUGGAUUCUGCUCCCCUCUGUGACUAUCACCUCUCUUACGGAUGGUACCGAGGAAAAUAUUCGAAAAUGCCAACGUCUCCUCCAUCAUUGACCAAUUGUGGGACACUUUUUCCACUCUGGUUAAAUGGCACACACCCACCUGUGAAUGGUAUAAGUACCCUUGACGCUUGCAAAGUUGGAUUUGCUAGUGAGUGUGCUGAUAAGAUCGAAAUAGAAGUUAAAAACUGCAAUACUUAUAUGGUUUAUAAGCUACAGCCGGUGGAUUUCUGUAAUUCAGCUUACUGUUUUGAACCAAGCGGACAAUGUGUAACUGAAGUUCCACAAGAUCCUACUGUUUCCUAUCACGGUGUAUCAUGGGAAACUACUACGAAAGGAAUACUAACACUAUAUGAACCUAGUGUAAAUCUCAAGUGUGGUUUUACCCCACUAAGUAACAAUCUAUUAUUCUACGAAAUAUCAUGGUAUGUAGAUAAUACCGAAGUACUGAAAGGCCAAACUGUAGCUUCUGACUCGCUGGACACAGCUUUACUGUCAGCAUACCACAUACUGAGUUACAACAAAAAAGCUGGAUCCAUGAUCCAAUGUGUCGUUGGGGCAAAACACAAGAAAGAUGGAGUUGCUUGUAUAACAAAAUCUAGCCCUUUGUUUUUCGCCGGAAUAAAGGUUUUGACGCCCCGAUUGGAUAUUGCCAGAGGAGAGACUGCCAAUGUUCAAUUGCAGUUCACCAUACCCUAUGUAGAUCAGAACCUACGAAUAGACCAAUUAAAUCUCGAUCUUGCACCUUCUGAUUUGGUUAUAAACCUUGCGACUCUUAAUGCUAACUCAAUUUCUUGUAAUGAUGGAAAUAACAAAUUUUGUGGCAUGAAAGUCAAGGGAUAUUCAUUUAAGGACAGACACAACUAUUCCACAGAUGUUUGGAAACAAAUCCAUAACGUGACAAUCUUUAAUAAGGAUGAUCUAGACUUUACUGGUUUUGAAAGUCAUAUACUUUUGCGUCUCAAAACUAUUGGUACCCAAGGCAACGGAAGCAGAAUAUUUGAUCACAUAACUCUACCAGAUAUUCAGGUGUUCAUUUCGGAACCUACCCAAGUCUGGAAAGGGAAAUACUGUGGCUCUUUCACAUACCUCCACAUGGUCUCCUUUGAUGGAUAUGCAUACGAGUGUCAAGAAUAUGGCAUGUAUAUUCUCUAUAGGAAUACAAAAUAUGACCAAGAGGUACAAGUUAAACACCACAUGUGUCAUCCAUCUAACUCAUAUCCAAGAUGCACGUGUGCAGUAGCAGCAAGAUCAGGAAGGGAUGUUUUCACACUUGAUAUCUGCAACAACCAAAGAAUAAUAAAUUUUCCUUUCUGCAAAGACAAAGUAUUAAAAGUGAUCAGAAACAACGACAAAAAUUAUCAAGUCAUAUUUCCGACAGGGACUUGGGUGGAUCUGUCAAUUAUACCUUGGCCUAAUCCUACAACUUGGCAGAUAAACAUACAAAUUUAUCCAUCCCCUUCAGAUGUUAAAAACAGUAAAGGUUUGUGUGGAAUUCUGGAUGGAAAUCAGAGUAAUGAUUUAACAAGAAGAAAUGGCCACGUAGAUUCUCUGAGUAACUAUAAUUACCACAAACAUCCUGUUGAUUUCUCGCAUUCUUGGCGGAUACUUGAUAAUGAAAACUUGUUCACUGAAAGCUGGACAGUGUAUGACGGUCUGAGGUCUAUUUCUAAUACUAUGGCAAGAGUUUGUACAUGCAAGGAAACAAAAGAUGAUAGAACUGGUAAGAGAGAAACGCAGAUUGAAUGUAAUUAUGGUACAUACAAAGACUGUAAAUUCAAAAUUGGAAAGCAGUUUCAUUGCCUACUUCAUCCUGCUGGGUCUAAACGGAGGAAACGAGAUAUAACACACCUUAGGAGCUUAAUGAAGCGAGAAUCCGAAUAUACAGUGGAUGAAAACAUAUUGGUGAGGGAAAAAAGACAGGCAUACGACGUUACAACGGAGAUCGAAGCUCGCAAAAUUUGCAUAAAUGCAUUUGAAGAAUCCCAAGCAUUUCUUAGUUGUCAGCAGUACGUUAGUGAUCUAUCCAAUGCUACUAUAGAUAACUGCAUUUCUGAUGUGAUGAUGACUGGAGACCAUAAAGUUACAAAGAUACAUAUUGAAGCGGCUUUGGAGCAAUGUUCUACCCUUGUUCUUUUUAACACAACCUUUCAAACUGAACAACCGCAAAUAACGUACCAAGUGGAAUCACUUUGUCCAAAUAGUUGCAGUGGGAAUGGCGAGUGUAAUCGAGGUAAUUGUACAUGCAACUCAAAUUUUGCUGGCAGCGAUUGUUCUUUUGAUCUGCUUGGGCCUCCAAAGAUUAAUCAUAUUUCUGACUUUGGUCUCUGUGACAAAUCAUAUGAAGAUUGUGAUGAAAUCACUUUGUAUGGAGAAUUGUUUCUUGAACAUAUGGAUACAGAAUGCUACUUUACAAGAAGAACGAUAAAAAGAGAUGGGACUCUCAUCUCAGAAAGUCAAUAUCAAACCAGUUUGGAACCAAGAACCUUAUUUGAGGGAUUCUGUCCUCUUUCGUAUAGUGAAGAACCACACUGGAUAACAGAGUUCACCUUUAAAAUCAGUAACGAUGGAACAAGAUUCACAGACAACUACAACGUUUACAUCUAUCAGUCUGACUGCCAGGAGCUUCACAAUAGUACGGGACAAAUAAACUUUAUUCUAAAGAGUGGCUACUGUUUUAUCGAUGGAAAGUGUUAUAUAGAUGGGGAUACAAAUAAUGAGAAUUUAUGUGACCUCUGCAAUAUCACACUGGACAAAUAUAAAUGGUCAUUUAACCCAGGGCAUUGUUUAAUAGACGGAAAGUGUUACGCGGAUGGGGCUAUAAAUGGAACCAAUCUUUGCAGUGUCUGUCUCUCCUCUGUGAAUACUUUGAUCUGGUCUGAUAAUCCAGGGUACUGCUAUAUUGAAGACAUUUGUUAUUUUGAUGGUCAGUCAAAAGAAUAUAACGACUGUUUCAUGUGUAACUACACGUUGGGCAGAGAAGUGUGGACAUUUGCUGAAGAUCAUUGUAUGAUUGAUGGACAGUGCUUUAAAGCGGGACAAAACCAAACAACCAAUGAAUGCAAAGUGUGUGACCCUCUUCAAAGUAAAAGUAACUGGACUUUGAGUAAAGGGUAUUGUUUUGUCAAUGAUUCCUGUCUGAAAGAUGGGGAGUCUGAAAAAUCAAAUCCAUGUUUGAUGUGCAAUGUAUCCACCAGUCUCUACUCCUUGAUUCCAAAUCCCGCUUACUGUAAUAUUGGAGGUUUGUGUGUGGCCGAUGGUAAGGAGGACGAUUUGAACUCUUGUUUAUUUUGUAAUACUUCAAUCAGCAGGGGGAACUGGUCAUUACAUCAGGGAUAUUGUUUUGUCAAUGGUUCCUGUUUAAAAGACGGAGGGUCAGAAAGAAACAAUCCUUGCUUGAUGUGCAACGCUACUGCCAGCAAUUACUCUCUGGUUGCAAAUCCUGCUUUCUGCAAUAUAGCAGGUUUGUGUGUGCCUGAGGGUAAAGAAAGUGAUUCCAGCUCUUGUUUAUUUUGUAAUACCUCACUCAGCAUGGAGAACUGGUCACAACAUCAAGGGUUUUGUCUGAUUGAUGGUCGAUGUAUCCAAGAGGGACAAAAGAAUACAAUGAAUGAAUGUAAAAUUUGUGAUCCACUUCAAAGCAAAAGGAAUUGGACAGUGAUUGCGGAUUUCUGCAGUAUAGGAGGUAUGUGCAUUCCUGAUGGUACAGAAAACGAUUCCAUGUCUUGUUUAUUUUGUGAUACCUCACAGGGCAAGGAAAACUGGUCAUUACGUCAGGGGUAUUGUAUGAUUGAUGAACAAUGUGUCCAAGCUGGACAAAACCACGUUACAAAUGAGUGUAAAGUAUGUGACCCAAUUCAAAGUAAAAGUAACUGGACCUUGAGAACAGGAUAUUGUUUUCUUAACAAUUCCUGUAUACAAGAUGGACAAUCAGAUAAAACAAAUCCAUGUUGGAUGUGUAAAGCUUCUUCUAGCCUUUACUUCUUUUCGCCAAAUCCUGCUUACUGUGAUAUUGAUGGCAAAUGUAUAUCUGAUGGAGAGAAAAACAACUCCAAUUCUUGUCUUUAUUGUAACACUUCACUAGACAGAGAUAACUGGUCAUUAACUGAAGGGUAUUGUAUAAUUGAUGGACAAUGUUUCCAAGCGGGGCAGAAUCAUACAACAAAUGGAUGUAAAGUAUGUGAUCCACUUCAAAGCAAAAGUAACUGGACCUUGAAUGCAGGUUAUUGUUUGAUCGAUGGUCAAUGUUUUCAAACAAAUCAAAGCAAAGAUAUUGAAGUGUGUAAAAAAUGUGAUCCUCAUCAAGACAAAUACAACUGGACUCUGAGUACUGGAUAUUGCUUUGUCAAUAGAACAUGCAUACAAGAUGAAGAAAUCAACAAAGUUAAUCCAUGUUUGAAGUGCAACGUUUUGAACAGCACUUACACAUUUUCUUCAAAUCCUGCCUCCUGUAAUAUUGGAGGUCAGUGCUUCGUAGACGGGAAGAUAAAUGACGCAAUAUCCUGUCUGCAUUGCAACUCAUCCUUAAGCACAGAAAAGUGGUCUUUAAGCUCGGGUUAUUGUUUGAUCGAUGGUCAAUGUUUCCAAACAAAUCAAAGCAAAGGUGUUGAAGUGUGUAAAAAAUGUGAUCCUCGUCAAGACAAAUACAACUGGACUCUGAGUACUGGGUAUUGCUUUGUCAAUGGAACAUGCAUACAAGAUGGAGAAAUCAACAAAGUUAAUCCAUGUUUGAAAUGCAACGUUUUAAACAGCACUUACUCAUUUUCUUCAAAUCCUGCCUCCUGUAAUAUUGGAGGUCAGUGCUUCGUAGACGGGAAGAUAAAUGACGCAAUAUCCUGUCUGCAUUGCAACUCAUCCCUAAGCACAGAAAAGUGGUCUUUAAGCUCGGGUUAUUGUUUGAUCGAUGGUCAAUGUUUCCAAACAAAUCAAAGCAAAGGUGUUGAAGUGUGUAAAAAAUGUGAUCCUCGUCAAGACAAAUACAACUGGACUCUGAGUACUGGGUAUUGCUUUGUCAAUGGAACAUGCAUACAAGAUGGAGAAAUCAACAAAGUUAAUCCAUGUUUGAAAUGCAACGUUUUAAACAGCACUUACUCAUUUUCUUCAAAUCCUGCCUCCUGUAAUAUUGGAGGUCAGUGCUUCGUAGACGGGAAGAUAAAUGACGCAAUAUCCUGUCUGCAUUGCAACUCAUCCCUAAGCACAGAAAAGUGGUCUUUAAGCUCGGGUUAUUGUUUGAUCGAUGGUCAAUGUUUCCAAACAAAUCAAAGCAAAGGUGUUGAAGUGUGUAAAAAAUGUGAUCCUCGUCAAGACAAAUACAACUGGACUCUGAGUACUGUGUAUUGCUUUGUCAAUGGAACAUGCAUACAAGAUGGAGAAAUCAACAAAGUUAAUCCAUGUUUGAAAUGCAACGUUUUAAACAGCACUUACUCAUUUUCUUCAAAUACUGCCUCAUGUAAUAUUGGAGGUCAAUGUUUCGUCGACGGGGAGAUAAAUGACGCAGUAUCCUGUCUGCAUUGCAACUCAUCCAUAAACACAGAAAAGUGGUCUUUAAACUCGGGUUAUUGUUUGAUCGAUGGUCAAUGUUUCCAAACAAAUCAAAGCAAAAAUAUUGAAGUGUGUAAAAAGUGUGAUCCUCAUCAUGACAAAUACAACUGGACUCUGAGUACUGGGUAUUGCUUUGUAAAUGGAACAUGCAUACAAGAUGGAGAAAUCAACCAAGUUAAUCCAUGUUUGAAAUGCAAUGUUUUAAACAGAACUUACUCAUUAUCUUCAAAUCCUGCCUCCUGUAAUAUUGGAGGUCAAUGUUUCGUUGAUGGGGAGAUAAAUGACGCAAUAUCCUGUCUGCAUUGCAACUCAUCCCUAAACACAGAAAAGUGGUCUUUAAGCUCGGGUUAUUGUUUGAUCGAUGGUCAAUGUUUCCAAACAAAUCAAAGCAAAGAUAUUGAAGUGUGUACAAAAUGUGAUCCUCAUCAAGACAAGUACAACUGGACUCUGCGUACUGGAUAUUGCUUUGUCAAUAGAACAUGCAUACAAGAUGGAGAAAUCGACAAAGUUAAUCCUUGUUUGAAAUGCAACGUUCUGAACAGCACUUACUCAUUUUCUUCAAAUCCUGCCUCCUGUAAUAUUGGAGGUCAAUGUUUCGUUGAUGGGGAGAUAAAUGACGCAAUAUCCUGUUUGCAUUGCAACUCAUCUCUAAACACAGAAAAGUGGUCAUUAAGCUCAGGUUAUUGUUUGAUCGAUGGUCAAUGUUUCCAAACAAAUCAAAGCAAAGAUAUUGAAGUGUGUAAAAAGUGUGAUCCUCAUCAAGACAAAUACGACUGGACUCUGCGUACUGGGUAUUGCUUUGUCAAUGGAACAUGCAUACAAGAUGGACACAUCGACAAAGAAAAUGCAUGUUUGAUGUGCAACGUUUUAAACAACACUUACUCAUUAUCUUCAAAUCCUGCUUCCUGUAAUAUUGGAGGUCUAUGUUUCGUUGACGGUAAGAUAAAUGACGCAAUAUCCUGUUUACAUUGCAACUCAUCUCUAAACACAAAAAAGUGGUCUUUAAGCUCAGGUUAUUGUAUGAUCCAUGGUCAAUGUUUCCAAGCGAAUCAAAGCAAAGAUACUGAAGUGUGUAAAAAAUGUGAUCCUCAUCAAGACAAAUACAACUGGACUCUGAGUACUGGAUCUUGCUUUGUCAAUGGAACAUGUAUAAAAGAUGGAGAAAUUGACAAAGUAAAUCCGUGUUUGAAGUGCAACGUUUUAAACAGCACGUUCUCAUUAUCUUCAAAUCCUGGUCAUUGUCUGAUUGAAGGACAGUGUUUCAAGAUGGGACAAAAUCAUGCCAAACAGAAGUGUAAAGUCUGUGAUCCUCCUCAAAAUAGAUUUCAGUGGACUCUUGAUACCGGGUAUUGCCUUAUAAACGAUUCUUGCAUGCAAGAUGGAGAGAACAACAAUCAGUUUAGCUGUAUGAUGUGUAACACGUCAGCCAGUGUGAAGAACUUGUCGCUUAAUAAAGGUAGCAUAGGAACACUUCUAAGAAAAUUCUAA